AUGGAUAUGGAAACACUGACCUGGUGUGCGAUAAUGUCCAGCUGUGGUAGCUUAACGCUCGUUAUCGUGUUCAACGGCAUCCUACUCUGUUUAUUAGAACACGGACAUGCCACAGCGGAGAUUGCACUGUGUGAAGAAAAAUUCAUAGCUUCUUUGAGACUUCCGAUGGUGGGUGUCGUAGCACUAUCACAAAUAUGUGAUCUUUCUAUAGAACAGGUUGUCGGCGAAUAUGAUAAAGACUCGAUGGAACGCCGAGCAAUUAUUUAUACAGUUAUUGGACAAGACUAUGUCACAAAACAGUUUAUUGACACUUGCCCGAAAUUUCUGCAGAAUGGUUAUGAAGAAGAAUAUUUACUGUUCACUGAUAAAUUAUGA